AGUUUGUUAUAAAACGGCGAAUUGUAAACACAAAAUAAUGUCAGAAAAAAUUCAAGAGCUUACUUUACCAUUAUCAGUUAUUCAACGGCUUAUUAAAGAUGCUUUGCCACCUAACGCCAUUGCCAAAAAUGAAGCUAAGCUUGGAAUCAGUAGAUCUGCUUCAGUUUUUAUUCUGUUUUUAACAAGUGCUGCUACAGAAAUCACUUCAUCAAAAAAUCAGAAAACCAUGACAGCUGAUCAUGUCCUUCAAGCACUCAAAGAAAUCGAAUUCGAUCAUUUCAUUCCAGAAUUGGAAGUCCAACUUGCAAAUUAUCGUCGAAUCAUGAAAGACAAAAAAGAUCGAAAAUCUUUAAAUGAUGCUGGUGGAAACACUGAAAAAGCAACAGAAGAAGUAGAAGACGAUGUUACAAAUCAGAAAUUUUCUGAUAAACCGUCAGCAGACGAAAAUAAGAAUGAAAUUUCUUUGUCCCGAAAAUCGUCAGAAAGCAGUUCAACUUCUGAUGACUAUGUUGUUGUAGCUGAUAAUAAAGAAUCAUUAGUAUCUCCAGUUUUAGAGUAUAUUGCUAAUGAAAAUGUUCUUCAAGACGCCAUUGCUAAUAAUUCAUUAAAUAUAGAGAAUUCACCAUCGACACCGAGUGUUGUAGGAAAAUCGAUUUUUUAUGAUUGCCCAUCAAAUGAAAAUUUGAGUCUCAAUGAAAAAAAGGAAUCAGACACAGACGACGAUGCCGCAACGUAUGAAAUCGACCAAAAUGAUGGAAACUUUACAAUAUUCAGCAAUGUCUUAUAUCUCGGAUCAUCAAAUAUUAUUCUGCCUAAAUCUGAAGACGAAAUCUUACGAAACAUUAAUGAAUUAAAUUCAAGUUCGGGAAAUAUCGGCGUGAAAGUUAAAAUAUCAAUACCAAAUUGUUGUGAUGGUCAAGUAGUACUCUAUGAUGAAGAAUCCGAAGGGACAAUAUAUUCAUCAUUCGAUAUACAAUUCAUCUUGUUUUAUGCUCGUGGGAAGGCAAAUUCAGAGGAUCAUGCUUGUUUCGCAUUCAGCUGGUCACACGGUGACACACAAGAGACUGCAAUUUACCAGUGCCAUGUUUUUCGUUGUAACGUUCCAGAAGCUGUUCAACAUGUAAGCUCUUGUUUCGCAAAGGCUUUUCAACGAAUUCCCCAAAAUAUGAUGGCUUGCAGUCUAACAACAGAAAAUCUUGUAGUCACAUCGGACAUGAGUGGAAAUCCUUUGACCCAUGCUAGUUAUGAAUUUCUCGUAUCGCUUGAGAUACGUGAGAAAAUAACAAGAAGCACUUAUUCAAAUGUUGUACGUGAAAAGUCGUGCUUCAAAUUGCGUCAGAAUUGUGAUAAGGAAAUUUGUAUAACAGUUAAAUUGAAUCCGUCAGAAAAUCUUCCACCAUUGUUCAUUGAACGUUGUUUCGGAGUAUUAUUAUCUGUUGGAAAGAUCAAGAAACAAGCUGAUAUGCAAUUGCUUGAGCUUUCUGCACCAGGAGCUUAUCUAAAAUCGUCCUCAGACUUUCAAAUCAUUGCAAAAUGGGAUUUGAAUGAAAAAGCAUUUCAUGGUUUGAAUGACACACAUAAAUCUCAGAUAAUUACUCUUGCUAUUGAUCUUGUUGUGAAAGAAAUUCAAGAGCCAGUAAGAUUCGUGAUUGAAGCACAGACAAAGGUCGACAACUCUGAAAGUCAUUCGUCACGUUUCAGUAACAGUUUUCUCUUCCAAAGUGCAAACAGACGGCCUAUGUUGAAGAAGUUUUAUGUUCAACUCAAAGAAAAUGGAGAUAAUACUUGGAUACUUUCAUCCAUUGAUCCAUCGGAUGAGAUUGUAGAACCAACUCCGCCAAUUUCAUUCAAUCAAAAAUUUAAAAACUUGUCCAAAAUAGUACGAUCAACAUCCUCGGUGUCAUUUGAGUUUGAUGAGUUAAGUCCAACAGAAGAAGCAUCAGCUUCUUUUUGUUCAGAUGAAGAUGAACCUUUGCAGUCUGGAACGGGAGAAGUCAGCAAAGAUUGCUCUCAAGAUCGUCUAGAUUCAUGGGUUCCAGUCAUCCAAGAGUGGCAAACUUCAGGAAAACGUCCAAAGAAUCUUACAAUGUUAGUCAGAAGUGGAGGCAUUCCCGAAGCUCUUCGUUGCCAAUUAUGGCAGAAAUUAUCUUACACAGAAAAUCGUCAAGAUUUAACUGACAAGUAUCGGAUUCUAAUCACUAAAGAAACAAAAUGUGAAGACAUUAUUCUGCGUGAUGUUAAUCGUACAUUUCCAGCUCAUGAAUUCUUUCGAGAUGACGGCAAUGGACAAGAAUCACUUUACAAAGUUUCAAGAGCGUAUUCUGCCUAUGAUGAAGAAGUUGGCUAUUGUCAAGGAUUAUCGUUCAUCGCUGCAACUCUUCUACUUCAUAUGCCUGAAGAAGAAUCAUUCUCAGUGCUUGUUUCUAUAAUGUACGACUAUGGACUAAGAGAAUUGUACAAGACAAACUUUGAAAAUUUGUCCCUUCGACUUUUUCAAUUCACGUGCAUGUUACGGGAUCAAUCGCCUGAUUUGUACGAACAUUUCGCCACUCAAAAAGUUGAAGUUCACAUGUUUGCUUCACAAUGGUUUCUAACGUUAUUCACAGCUCGCUUUCCGUUGCCAUUUGUUUUUCAAUGCAUUGAUUUAUUCCUUCUCGAUGGCAUUAAUGUGUUAUUCCAGAUUGCUUUUGCAUUGUUGUCUGUUUGUCGAAAAGAUCUUUUAUCGAAAGAUUUUGAAUCGAUUCUCAAAUAUAUUCGCAACACGCUACCGAAGAAAUUCCGAGUUGAAAGUCAGGUAUCAAAGCUUAUAAAGUUGGCAAGUGAAUGUAAGGUGAAGAAGUUAAAAAAAUAUGAGGACGAAUUUGUGAUUCAAAAGGAAGAAAAUGAAAAAUUUGAACGAAUGCUGUUGCAGUAUCAAAUGAAAUAUAAUGAAGAUCGUAAAGCAAUGCGAAAUGAAAUAACACAGCUUCAACAAAGGAUCAAAAAGUAUGAAAUUGAUGAGAAAAAAUAUGAAAGUAUCAUCCAGGAUUAUAAGCUUAUUAUCCAACGACAAGAGCUUCAGCUUGAAGCUACAAAGAAAUCAAAGAUUCCCGAAAAUAAGGAAGAGAAAGAUCAUGACAAUUCUACAAUAUGUUCUCUAGACUAUGCAACUCAAAGAAUACGGGAAUUAGAAAUGGAAUUGGCACAGUCAAAAGUAUCUCAAGUCGAAAGUGAAUGCAUGAAUCAAAAUCUGCAACAUCAGUUGAAUGCUCUGAUUGCUAAAAGCAAUGCAACUGAAAGUCAUCCUCCGCCAACAAACUCUUGGAAAAUUAAAUGGGAUAACGUAGUGAACAACAUUCCAAAUGUCACACAAAAUAUUCCAUCCGUUAGCACAUUUCAAUCUCAUAUUUCUGACUUUGCCCAUAAUCAUCUAAAUAAUGGAUUUAGAAUCGGAACUGAACAGCAACAAAAACAUGGAGUAUGUUUGUGUUUGAUUCUCUGUUUAGAAGAAACUGAAACUAUUCAACUCAAUGAAGAUAUCGUUAAUCUUGGAUUGAAGCUUGGGCCACCAGAUUUUGAGCUAAAAAAGGUUCUUGGUAAAGGUGGUUAUGGAAAAGUGUUUCAGGUGAAAAAAGUGACCGGCAAAGAUGCAGGUAGUUUCUUUGCUAUGAAAGUGCUUAAGAAAGCUUCAAUUGUGCGUAAUCAAAAGGACACAGCACAUACGAGAGCUGAGCGAAAUAUUUUAGAAGCAGUGAAACAUCCUUUCAUAGUCGAAUUAGUUUAUGCGUUUCAAACAGGAGGGAAGUUAUACUUAAUUCUGGAAUACUUAAGUGGAGGCGAACUUUUUAUGCACUUAGAACGCGAAGGAAUCUUUUUAGAGGACACAACAUGGAAUUAUUUACAGAGAAGUGAAGACGAUGUUUCUCAAUUCGAUACAAAAUUCACAAAACAAAUUCCAGUUGAUUCUCCCGAAGAUUCAAUGUUAAGUGAAAGUGCCAAUAUGAUGUUUCAAGGAUUUACUUAUGUCGCACCAAGUGUGCUUGAAGAGAUGAGUCAAACACGUUUAGUAACACCUCGAAGUCCUAGACGAGCUCCUCGCAAUCGCGUCGAUGAUAAUAUGCUGAGAGUUUUUCCAGGCGCCUCAACCUCUAUCGCUGGUAUAUCGAACCAAACUCAACAUUUUUAUCCAAACUCUUCUCACCUCAAUAACAACAAUUUUCAUAAUCAACGAAAUCCGCUAUUUAAUCAUCGUCAAUCGCCGCAUUUGCAAGGAUUUGCUAAUACACCUAAUGAUGAUAGUAUGAUGGACGUUCAGUUGCCAAAUGUGUAGUUAUAAACAAUAUUUUAACCAUCAUCAUCAUCAUCAUCAUCAAUGAUUGCUUCAGUUUCUUAUAUUCGGGAUGUUGAGGGAAUGAAAACAAUUUUGUCACAAAUAAAGCUUGUAAACAAUUUCAAAUUUAUGUAAAAUCGCGUCAACAAAACAAACUGAAGAAUCAGUAAAAGUUGAUGAUGUUGUGAAAUAAAUGAAUUCAAAUUUAUUGUUUUUAAAAUCAAUAACAAUCAAAUGAGAUAAAUUUAAA